GUGACUCGGCCGUGCCAAGCCCGUGCCCGAUCCAGCCCCUUUAAGAGGCCGACUUAAGUGCUUCUUGAACACAGCAGAUGGUUUUGUAUUUGUGCGAGUUAUUUCCUCCCGGAGGAUUGGGGGCGGGCGGGGGGUGAAUCCCCUCCGCUCUGUUUGGUUUUAUUGAUAUAUUUGUAUUGCUCGGUGUUCUUGUGAUCGAUGAAGAAUUCCCUUCCAACCAACAAACGUGGCUGAUGGCUUGAUCUUUUUCUGGGGUUGGGCGGCAAAGAAAGGGAAGAGCCGAGAGGGGCUGGAAAGCGCCCGAGUUGGCGACUUUUGUAGCAGGCGCUGGUGGUGUUUGGCAGAAGUGGGCGUGCCAGGAGAAAGCCCAACAGGUCUCCUCCACACCUUUCUCCUCUGAAAACUGCUCUUCGCAAAGGGGGAUUUAUUUCACUUCAACGAGUAUAAAUAUUAGCGGAUUUCCCCUCCCCCCCCCCCCCAUCCCUCUUCCUCCCAGUUAAAUCGAAUCGUGCUGCUAGGUUUUUUUGGCAUGCUGGUUAUUUUGGCCGUGUAUUGCGUUAUGACAUUGGGUUUUUGCAAACCUGUGAAAUGCAGUAACUCCAGUUCUCUACUGCUCCCCCCAGCCCACCUCUUCUGCUCCCCCCCACACCUCCCACCACCACCAGAACCUGCUUUUUCCCCGAUUUAUUUUGUGGCGUUUACUUUAAAUGGCUGAAUAAUAUUUCAGUGUUGUUUUCAACUUUAAAAGAGAGGAUGUUGCUGAAGGACUCGUUUCAGUUUUGCACUCGCUGAUUUGGUUUCGAGUUCGGCGGCAGCUGUCAGGAAAGCGGCGUGGAAAUACAAUAGGCAGCAUUUGUGUGUAUGUGUGUGUGUGUACGUACGUAUGUACGUACAUGUUCUCACCUAAACACCCUGCAAGCCAGUGUUAAAAUAAUGGACCCCAAAGAAUCACUAAGCCCCUCGGAUGGGGAGGAAGCAGGGAAAAAUGUGCACUUCAGUGACAAAGGAAGGACUGUGAUGGACUUUCGUCCAACCUUCAGGGGUGGAGCUACUGUCAGGGCUCCUGCAUCUACAUCUCCCCUGCCUGCGUCUUCUCAGUCGGAUUCUAAACAGCAGUCUGUUUUGGGUGACUUCUCAAAAGGACUAGUAAGCAAUGCGCCUCAGCCGGAUCUUUCAAAGGCAGUGUUGCUCUCAAUGGGACUCUAUAUGGGGGAGACAGAGUCAAAAGUGAUGGGAAAUGAACUUGGAUUUCCACAGCAGGGCCAAAUUGGCAUCUCUUCUGGGGAGACAGAUUUCAGGCUCUUGGAAGAAAGCAUUGCAAGCUUGAACAAGUCCUCAAGCCUGGCAGAGGGCUCAAAGGGGACAGUAUCUGUUGCGGUGCCCCUUGAGCAGGACUUCCCAAUUAUGGCUAACAGCAGUCUCCCUUUAGGCCAGGCUGGCACUAAUGGUGGCAACUUGAAAUUGUUUUCUGAAGACCAAAGCACCUUUGAUAUUCUGCAGGAUUUAGAAUUGCCACCAGUGUCGCCAGGUAAGGAACCAAAUGGGAGCCCAUGGAGACUGGACCCAUUGCUAGAUGAAGGGGAUUUGUUGUCUCCUAUGACUGCGGAUGAGGCAUUUCUCCUUGAAGGAAAUGCAAGUGAAGAUUGCAAGCCUCCCAUUUUACCAGACACUAAGCCUAAAAUUAAUGAGCAUGGAGAUCUUUCACCCAGCCCCAAAAUGCAGAUGCCUCAAGUGAAGACAGAAAAGGAAGACUUCAUUGAACUCUGCACCCCCGGGGUAAUAAAACAAGAGAAAAUGGGCCCAGUUUAUUGUCAAGCUAAUUUUUCUGGGUCUAACCUAAUGGGUAAUAAAAUGUCUGCCAUUUCUGUCCAUGGCGUCAGUACUUCUGGAGGACAGUUAUAUCAUUAUGACUUGAAUACCGCAUCUCUCUCUCAACAGCAGGAUCAGAAACCAGUUUUUAAUGUCAUUCCAUCUCUUCCUGCUGGUUCAGAAAAUUGGAAUAGGUGCCAGGGAUCUGGGGAUGACAAUAUGACCCCCUUGGGAACCCUGAACUUUUCUGGCAGACCUGUUUUUUCUAAUGGCUAUUUGAGCCCUGGAGUGAGAUCUGAUGUAAGCUCUUCUCCGUCCACCACCUCAACAGCAACAGGACCACCUCCCAAGCUUUGCCUGGUCUGUUCUGAUGAAGCCUCUGGAUGUCAUUAUGGUGUCCUAACUUGCGGCAGCUGCAAAGUAUUCUUCAAAAGAGCUGUGGAAGGACAGCACAAUUAUCUAUGUGCUGGAAGAAAUGAUUGUAUCAUUGACAAAAUUCGAAGAAAAAACUGUCCGGCCUGUCGCUACCGGAAAUGUCUUCAAGCUGGCAUGAAUCUAGAAGCUCGAAAAACAAAGAAGAAGAUCAAAGGAAUUCAGCAGUCCAAUGUGACAGCAACGAGGGAUGCUUCUGAAAGUCCAGUAAGCAAGAGUAUAGUUCCUGCAUCUCUGCCGCAGCUAACCCCUACCCUGGUUUCCCUGCUGGAAGUCAUUGAGCCGGAAGUUCUGUAUUCGGGCUACGACAGUACUCUACCUGACUCAACAUGGCGUAUAAUGUCAACUCUCAACAUGUUAGGAGGAAGGCAAGUGGUAGCUGCAGUAAAAUGGGCAAAGGCAAUACCAGGUUUCCGAAAUUUACAUUUGGAUGACCAAAUGACCCUUCUGCAGUACUCAUGGAUGUUCCUGAUGGCUUUUGCUCUAGGAUGGAGAUCAUAUAAACAGUCAAAUGGAAACCUGCUGUGUUUUGCACCAGAUCUGAUUAUUAAUGAGCAGAGAAUGAAUUUGCCCUGUAUGUAUGACCAAUGCAAACAUAUGCUUAUGGUUGCCAAUGAGCUAUCACGGCUUCAAGUGUCAUAUGAAGAAUAUCUCUGCAUGAAAACCUUGCUGCUUCUCUCUACAAUUCCCAAGGAGGGCCUGAAGAGUCAGGCUCUGUUUGAUGAGAUUCGUAUGACGUAUAUCAAAGAGUUGGGGAAAGCCAUAGUGAAGAGAGAGGGGAACUCGAGCCAGAACUGGCAGAGAUUUUAUCAACUGACUAAACUUUUGGACUCCAUGCAUGAUGUGGUUGAAAAUCUUCUAAGCUUUUGCUUCCAGACAUUUUUGGAUAAAUCCAUGAGUAUUGAGUUCCCAGAGAUGUUGGCAGAAAUCAUCAGCAAUCAGAUACCAAAAUAUUCAAAUGGAAAUAUCAAGAAACUCUUAUUUCAUCAAAAGUGACUGCCUUAAUACGAAAAGAUUGCCUUAAGAAAAAGUCAAACUAUAGCUUUUUUUGUACAAACUAUCAGACUUGUUAAUUUUGUCUUGCAACGGUGUUUCUUUUGUAAUUAUGCACUACAUGUGGUUUACAGAGGGCCAAGACUUAAGCUACGGAAGCAGCAGAUUGCUCACAUUGGAUGAUUAGAAUGAGGAGGGAGAGGAAAGGAAAGGUAAUUAACCCUUACGUGCUAGGAAUUGGAUUCCACCCCCCCAGUGGAUGCACCAAAACUACUGGUGUCAAGAUCCGAGGCUGAUAUACGAGCAUCCUGCUAGUAAUUGCUGCAGUUGGCUGGGUACCAUUUUCUGGUGGUUUGUUUUCCAGUAAAAUGGUUUGGGUUUUUUGUAUAGUUAAGAUAGCAUUUUGAUUUAUGCAUGUAACCUGAAGAAAGUUUACAAGUGUAUAUCAGAAAAGGGAAGUUGUGCCUUUUAUAGCUAUUACUGUCUGGUUUUAGCAAUUUCCUUUAACUUUAUAUACCGUGAACUAGGCUUGCUCAUUUUUUCUUACAUAAUUUUUUGUAAUACUUCAAGAUGCCUAUUGUACAACUAUUUUUUAAGGUGGGGCAGCUUGUAGCUUUCCUAAAUGACCUCUAGCCAUUAAUCCUUGAGCAUAUUCAUGUGAAAAUGGGUUGGCUUUUCUAACCUGAUUGCUUUAAUUGUCAAGAUGACCAUAAAAAUUUGGCUUGGUUUUUUUGUUGUUGUUUUUGGGUUUUUUUAGGGUGGAGGGGAGAGUAUGCUCAAAUCUAACCCAAGUAGACAUGAAUGAAACACACAUUUUUGGUAUAUGUGAAAAUGUGUUGCAUAUACAGAUCAUAGAAAAUUAGCCCAGUCCUAACUGGAUGCGAACGAGCGGGUUAUUUUAUACAAAAAGCUAAACCGAUUUUUGCAUACCAUACAACAGCCAUAUGUGCAGUAGUCUUGGGCUGCAUCGAUGUCAAGAUCAGUCCUGACUGCCCAUCAGGAAACUUUCACAAAAAUACGCAUAGCUUAAAAAAAAUAGUUGUGCGUGGAGAAGUUCACGUUUUCCAGGCACAUAAAUGUCUCGUCCUACAAGUUCUUGUAGAAAACCCGUUAUUGGCCUAUGAGACCGACUUGUAAUGAUGCCCGAGUAUUUUUUUAAUAUUGUAUUGGUUCUUGAAGGGUUUUCUUCAAUUAGACCUUUACCUUUAAGCAGACCGUAAAACAGACCAACUGUACUGACACAUUGUAACUUGCUGGGUAUACAGACCUCAGACCUGAGUGUGGUUAGUCACCCAUUUUCACACUUUCAUCUGUCACUGAUUGGUUCAUCUUCUUUUCCCGGAGAGCAGGAAGGUUCCGCUACUGAUUUUGUAGUUUAGAAUUGUAUGUCAGACUUCUGUCUUUGUAAGGCUGCAUCCCUUCAUGUCAAAUUACUAGUGUGCCAUAAAAUUACCAUAUGUAUUGUGAACUUCUUGUCACCAUUGAUAAUGAUGUUUUAAAUAGUUUAGAAGCUGUAGUAGCCCUUUCUGUGUGCACCUUAACAACUUUCUGUAUAAGCAUAAUUUAAAUACUUACUAAGCUACCCAGAAAUUAGAUUUUUAUUCAAAGUGGCCCAAUUAUUUGUGUAAUAGAAAAUGGGGAAAAAAUCUAAUUGAUAAAAUAUGAAAUCUCUAAUAUAUUUUUAUAUUUAGUUGUAGUUUCAAAUAUAUGUAAUUGGUAUAUUCACUAAUCUAAGCAAAGAAGGAAAGGGCUACUGCAGCUUAAAAAGCAAUUUAUUGAAUGAUUGUUAAAUAGCUUGUAUAGUGUAUAAUAAGUGAUUUUUAGAUGACAGAUUGCUUUAUCAUGACACAUGAUUAUAGUUUUGGUAGGGGUCACAAAUAUGCUGAAUGGUAACCCAUACAAAGUGUGGUUUUUCUGGAAGUAUUAAUACUGGCAGCAAAGGUGUUAGAUACUUUUUUUAAAGGAAGAAACCCAUGCUGAGUGAGUUGUUCCUAGGGCUGAAAUUUACAUUCAUUAGAUCACUGUAUAGAACCACAGCUUGGAACUUGGAGCCCAUGUUUGGUUACCCUUCACAUUCCAAUAGUAAAUCUUCAGACUUUGUAGGUUUACUUGACUCCACUGCAAAAAAUGUAAACUGAAAAGAUGUAUGAACUUAUGGGGUUAAUGUCAUAUACAGCCUCACACGGGAUAGCAAAAACAGUUUGAAAAAUUUGGCAAUAAUAUGCAUACAGGUACCAGCAAUAUGUAAAUAUAGAGCAUAGGUUGUUCACAAUACACUUAUACAUUUGUGUUGAUCAGCAAAAGUUUGUUUCCAAUUGACAUAGGAAACUGCAUUUUUGUCGUUUCUUACAUCUUUUUUUGAAUGCUAUACCUAUUAAAAAGAUGUAUUCAGUACUUUGGAGUAAAAUAUCAAAUUUAAUUUAAAAAAAUCAUUCUGUUCUCUCUGAAUGAUCUCUAAAGAAUAUGUACAUUUUGUAACAGUUAAACGAAACCUCAAAAAGUAUUUUAACUAUCAUUGGCAACCCAACUGGAUAAAAAUAUUUAUGCUGUUUGAGGUACAGUUAGGAGAUUCAUAGUGUUUGCUCUAAAAAAGGGCUCUUUAAUUAAAAGGAUGAGCUUGAAAACUGUUCUUAUUUCAGAGAAUGGUCUAAAAGUUAAUCUGAGACACUCCAAUGCAUUAAUCUCUCACUUUAGUCCCCGAUACCUCAAUUCGAGCUCUCAAGAAAUUUCAUAGUGUGUGUGGACAAAGGUAUGUGCUGUUAUUUGUUUGCCAGUAGAAAAGUAACCAAAAUGUACGUGAACAAAAUAGUGUUACCUUGUGAGAAUAAGUACUUCAAAGGAAAGAGGCUCUAACCCCUUUGAUCUGUGUGCCGAUAUAUUCAUUCUUCAGUUAUGGAUUCAAAGAAAAGAAGAAACUGUGAUGUCGGAAGAGAGAAUUCAUUCUGUAUGUGCUGUUAAAGUCUUAAACCCACACCGUUUUAAAUAUGUAAUCAUUUAGCAAGCAGUGAAAUUUUACAUGUUCCCUGCACGAUUAGUCUUUUAGCACUGGGAAAAACCUACAAUUUAGAUAAAGCAGAGAGAAUCCUGAUUUCUGUCUCUUCAGUGCCUUAUCACAUAAUGCAUACAUCUGACAAAGGGACAUUUGGACGGCCCUAGAGAUACAUGCUGUAUGUUAUAAUUGCACAUGGAAACUGAAAGGAAUGGCCUUACAUAGGAUAAGCCAGGGCAUGGGAUGGAGAGAGGAGGAACUUUAAUCUUGUACAGUGUUUUUGUAAAACAAAAUUCUGCUUAGAAUCUACUUUGCAACUGGUAAGAGAGGAAGAGUAUGGGACUAAGUGCCAACCUAGCUUAAAUAAUAGCCUCUGUAGUCUCACAAAAAUUAAGUGUUGAGAAUGGGCGAGGAGGAGGAGAAAGUGCCUGGAGCAGUGAGCAGCAGUAGCCCAAAUCCUGUUUCCCGUAGCCACACUUCAGUGGAACUGUUUGUGUGAGUUAGGACUGCAGGAGCCAACCCAAUAAGAGAAUGUUUAAAAGGAUUGUAGUCAAUACUAGCUGAAUGGUUACAAGCUCCACCAUUUGUCAAGUCCAAAGCCAGGUAUUGAUGCACCAUUGAUGUCACAUAGGAACCAAUUUUUCAGGAUAGGAAUAGAGCCUCUUUACAACAGCUUUUUUUUAAAAAAAACAUUUUUGGAGGGUUUUACUUCUGAUAAAAGGCUGUGUGUAUGAAAAUAUACCCCAACCCUAAACUCAUUGCUUAACAGCAUAGAUUCAACAGUGUGUCAUUAUUCUAUUUUGUAUAUUAAACAAAAGAUAUAUAAUGGGGACAGAUCCUAUAUUAUACUGGUGUAUGGCAUAUUAAAAAGCUUUUUUCAUUAUUUUUUAUCACAGUAAUUUUAAACAGUGUAAAAAUUAAAACCAGUGACUCCUGUUUAAAAAUAAAAGUUGUAGUUUUUUAUUCAUGCUGAAUAAUUCUGUAGUAACAAUUCUGUAGUUUUCACCUACUCAGUGAAAUGUUGGACUGUAAAAUCUUGUGUGGAACUGUUGAACAUUUAUUUUUCAUUUAAAUUUGCUGUUCUGGUAAUACAAAACCACACAUCUGUACAGAAGUUGCAGUAAAUGUGAACCAUUUACAGCAAUGCCAAAUAAUGGACAGAAAUCACAUAAUAAAAUUCUGCUUUUUUCAUUAAAUAGCUCCAAAA